AUGGCGAUUGACCUAUACAAAUUACAAAGAACACUAUACAGCAAUGAAAUAAGGAAGGAAGAAACUCUCAGUACAGCGCAUGUGUUCCCCAGUCGGACAAAAAAGGACAUUUACACACCUAAUCCUUCGAUCAAAAUAUUUAUGCAAAUGCUCCGCCAUGAUGUUCAUUCAAUGUUGUCUGCAAUACCCCCCUAUAGGGAUAAUCUAUCGAAAGAGGAACAUGUCGCUCUAAAGGAUCUGAUGCAAGAUCCUACCAUCAUAGUAAGACCAGCAGAUAAGGGUGGCGCAGUGGUUAUACAAACAUACGCGGACUAUAGGAAUGAAAUUAUGCGUCAGCUAAAUGAUGAAUCAACAUACCGGAGACUUACAUUUGACCCCGUCAGUAAGUUUCAAAAGAGGAUUGAACAGCUAAUUGAAUUGGGAUUGUCACAUCGGUAUGUAGAUGAGAACACUGCUAAGUUCCUAUAUGUGAAAUAUCCAAAACACCCUGUUCUAUAUACCCUACCAAAAGUGCACAAGAGUCUUGAACAUCCGCCGGGCCGACCAAUAGUGUCCGCAAAAGAGGGUCUGUUGGAACCUAUUGCACAAUUUAUUGACUACCACAUCAAUGCAAGU